AUGAUCAACCAACUGGACGAAAUGCGGAGAUCUCAACAGGUUCAGAGCGAGGAGCACAUUGGCUUCGUAUGGGAGCAUUGCUCGUUUCAUAUGGACGGAUUCACAUUUCAGAGCAAAAGGAUCAUCGAACUUGUCGAACAUCUCGUCGAUGGUGUAGCAGUAUCCCUCGUAGCAGACGGAUUCGUAGUCGCAUUGAGUGCUCGAACGGCAACGACGUCCACGAGCGAUGACUGGAGAGGUGAUGGCCAGAAGGCAGAAGAUGAAGAGAGUCAGAAUAUUCAUUCGGAAUGA